AUGCCGGCGAGUCGCCCAAAUACAGUAGAGUUUGGAGAUGAGGGUUAUAUAGAAUUUACUACUAAGGUGGUUGAUGAUGAGGCCACAGAGGAUGAGAUGGAUCUCUCUGAUGGCCAAGCUUUACUUAGGAGGAGGCCAGUUCCUACAGCACAGCCUGAGAGUUCUUCUCAGGCUGAGAUUAGACCUAACAUGAAGGAAGUGGUAAUGAAGGAAGUGAUAAAAUUGCUAGAUGCGGGAAUCAUCUACCCCAUCUCUGAUAGUAAGUGGGAUGUUCCAUUCAAUUUUGAUGAAGCUUGUAUGAAAGCUUUCAUUAAACUUCGUACUCUCCUCUCAUCUGCCCCAAUAAUGAAACCGCUUAAUUGGUCUCUUUCGUUUGAGAUCAUGUAUGAUGCAUCCGAUUAUGCAUUAGGCGCGGUUUUAGGCCAACGUGUGGACAAGCUCCCAUACGUCAUUUAUUACGCUAAGUUUGACAUUGAAAUCCGGGACAAAAAAGGGGCAGACAAUGUUGUCGCCGAUCAUCUCUCUCGCUUACUCAUUGAAAAAUCUUCCGAUUUCGCCGCUGUCCGUGAUUCCUUUCCGGAUGAACAACUCUUCCAGAUUUCCCAUGCAAAUCUUCCAUGGUUUGCGGAUAUUGUUAACUACCUUGCGGUAGGUAAAAUUCCAACUCAUUGGUCCAAACAAGAGAAGGACCGGUUCUUCUCCCAAGUCAAGCAUUUCUUUUGGGAAGAUCCGGAACUAUUCAAAUACUGCCCGGACCAAAUAAUCCGGCGAUGUAUUCCCGAAACUGAGACCACAAGCAUCCUCAAUUUCUCUCAUACUCUUGCUUGUGGAGGCCAUUUCACGGUGGACUAUGUUUCCAAAUGGGUGGAAGCCGCGACCACCAGAACCAGUGAUCAUAAAGUCAUGAUUAAGUUCAUUCAAUCUAACAUCUUUAGUCAUUUUGGUACGCCCCGAGCAAUCAUCAGCGAUGACGGAUCACAUUUCAGAAAUCAUUAUCUUAAAUCCGUCCUUUCUAAGUAUUCCGUCAUUCAUAAGGUUGCUACACCUUACCAUCCUCAAACGAGU